AUGGGUUCCGUCAACAUUCGUCGCGAUGUCGCUGACCCAUUCUACCGCUACAAGAUGGAGCGCAUCCAGUCCAAGGUGGAGGGCAAAGGCAAUGGAAUCAAGACCGUUAUUGUCAACCUCAGCAACGUGGCUCACCAGCUCGCGCGUCCUCCCAACUACGUGAUCAAGUACUUUGGCUUCGAGCUCGGUGCUCAGACCAACAUCGACCCCAAGGACGACCGCUGGAUCAUCAACGGCGCCCACGAGGCCGGGAAGCUGCAGGACUAYCUCGACGGGUUCAUCAACAAGUUUGUCCUCUGCAAGGAGUGCAAGAAUCCCGAGACGGUCGUCAAUAUCAAGGAUGGCGAUAUCCUCAUGGACUGCAAGGCCUGCGGUAAAAUCACCACUGCCGACCCUCGUCAGAAGCUCUCCUCUUUCAUCCUUAAGAGUGCACCCAAGAAGGGCAAGAAAGACAAGAGCACCAAGAAGGCUGACCGCAAGGCUCGUAAGCUCGCGGGUGAAGAGGGUGGUGACGAGGACGCCWAUGGUGCAGCUAGCCCGGGCGAAAGCGGCUCUGAUCAUGCGGACGAGAACGGAGACGUUGGAAACGACGCCGGUAGUGACGACGAGCUCACACGCAAGAUCAACGCCCAGGCCAAGGAGCUCAACGAGAAGGACGACGAGGAAAAGGAAGUGCAGUGGUCCGUCGACAUGUCCGAGGAAGCCAUCAAGGCUCGUGCCAAGGCGCUUCCCGACGAUCUCAAGGCCAGCUUGGUAUUGGAGAACGGCGAGGAGGAUGGAGAGGGGGGCAACGCCUACGAUGAACUCGGAAAGUGGAUUGAAGCCAAGGCUGAGGAGUCUGGCAGCGCCACCAAGGUCAAUGAUGUCGAGAUCUACCUCAAGGCCAAGGAGCUCGGCGUUGAGAACAAGCACCGCACUCUGACUGUGCUCGCCCAGACCAUCUUCACAGACAACAUGGCCAAGGAAGUCGAUGCUCGUGCUGCCAUGCUCAAGAAGCUCAUCACCUCCGACAAGCACGAAAAGGCCUUCAUGGGCGGCAUUGAGCGCUUCGUUGGUAUCGACAAGCCCAACCUCAUCCCCAUGGUCAGCGCCAUCUUGCUCAAGAUCUACGAGAACGACCUCGUCUCGGAGGAAGUGCUCACGGCUUGGGGAGGCAAGGCCAGCAAAAAGUACGUUGACAUUGCAACUUCGCGCAAAGUCCGCAAGAGCGCCGAGAAGUUCAUCGAGUGGCUGGAGAACGCCGAGAGCGACGAAGACGAUGAUGAUUCUGAGUAA